CAGAUCCAGGCCUGGGCCUGGUCUAUCCCUGCCAGAAAUCCAUGCCGAAUUCCCUCACGGGUGGCCAGGUCCCACCCCUUACUCUGGACACAGUUGGCCUGGUGGACCGGAGCCUGGGAAAUGCAGGGACCUCCGGUUCUGCCCCAGUCUUGGAAGACGGGAAAAUGGACCCCUGGGCCCUCCCUCAGCUGAAGGACACUGGACAGUCCUGGAAAGAGCUCAGCGUGGCCGGCAGGGUGCUCCGGGUGGCCACUGGCUUCCUCAAGGCCUGUGGACUCCUGGGCAGCCUCUACCUCUUCAUCUGCUCCCUGGACAUCCUCAGCUCCGCCUUCCAGCUGCUGAGCAGCAAGGUGACUGGAGACAUCUUUAAGGAAAACGUGGUGCUGUCCAACCCCGUGGCUGGACUGGUCAUCGGCGUGCUGGUCACAGUUCUCGUCCAGAGCUCCAGCACGUCUUCCUCCAUUGUGGUCAGCAUGGUGGCCUCCAAAUUGCUGACCGUCCAGGCGUGUGUGCCCAUCAUCAUGGGCGUCAACGUGGGCACGUCCAUCACCAGCACCCUGGUCUCAAUGGCACAGUCAGGGGACCGAGAUGAGUUUCGGAGGGCCUUUGGCGGCUCAGCUGUUCACGGCAUCUUCAACUGGCUCACGGUGCUGAUCUUGCUGCCACUGGAGAGCGCCAUAGCCCUGCUGGAGAGGCUCAGCGCCCUGACUCUGGGCGCCACCAGCCUGCAGCCUGGGGGGCACGCGCCCGACAUCCUCAAGGUGCUAACGCAGCCUCUCACACACCUCAUUGUGCAGCUGGACACCGAUGCGAUUGCAAGCAGCGCCACGGGCAACGCCACCAACAGCAGCCUCAUUAAGCAAUGGUGCGGCACCAGGGAGGUGAUGACCUCGGGGAACAGCAGCGACUGUGGAGCGGCGGCCUCCGGCCCCUGCCCUGAGAGGAACGGAACGGCUGCGGUGGAGCUGCUGCCCUGCCACCACCUGUUUGUGGGGACCACGCUCACGGACCUGGCCGUGGGCUUCAUCCUGCUGGCCGCCUCCCUGCUCCUGCUCUGCACCUGCCUCGUCCUCAUCGUCAAACUGCUUAACUCUGUGCUGCGCGGCCGCAUCGCCCAGGCCGUGAGGAAGGUCAUCAAUGCUGACUUCCCCUUCCCCUUCAGCUGGCUCAGCGGCUACCUGGCCAUCCUGGUGGGCGCCGGCCUGACCUUCGUGCUCCAGAGCAGCAGUGUCUUCACGGCGGCCGUUGUGCCGCUCAUGGGGGUCGGGGUGAUCAGCCUGGAGCGCGCAUACCCCCUCUUCCUGGGCUCCAACAUCGGCACGACCACCACAGCCCUGCUGGCCGCCCUGGCCAGUCCCGCGGACAUGCUGCUCAGCGCCCUCCAGGUUGCCCUCAUCCACUUCUUUUUCAACCUGGCCGGCAUCCUGCUGUGGUACGUGGUGCCUGUCCUGCGGCUGCCCAUCCCGCUGGCCAAACGCUUCGGGGACGUGACCGCCAAAUACCGCUGGGUGGCCAUCGCCUAUCUCCUGCUCAGUUUCCUGCUGCUGCCGCUGGCCGCCUUCGGGCUCUCCCUGGCAGGGAGCACAGUGCUGGCUGCGGUCGGAGGACCCCUGGUGGGGCUGGUACUCCUCGUCAUCCUGGUCAAUGUCCUGCAGCGGCACCGGCCGGCCUGGCUGCCACGCCGUCUGCGGUCCUGGGCCUGGCUCCCGCUCUGGCUCCAUUCUCUGGAGCCCUGGGACCGCCUGCUGGGCCGCUGCUGCCCCUGCAGGGUCUGCAGCCCCCCUCCGGCCGCUGCCAAGGAGGCCCACUGCUACGAGAACCCUGAGGUCCUGGCCUCCCAGCAGCUGUGAAGGGUGGGCACCCCCACUUCGUGGACUUCUGGGUGCCCUGGGGGAUCCCAGUAGCAGGAGACUUCCGAGUCACCUAGCUUGGCUUCUUUCCAAAUAAACAAGGCUAU